AUGGUUCGAACAAGCGCACUGCUGCCGCUCCUGGCGGCGGCCGGGACCGUGGUGGGACGCAUUGCCAUCCCCAACAGAUACGUCGUUGAGUUUGCAGAGGGUGCUGAUGUCACUGGUUUCUACGACAAGUUGGUGGAUUCCGCCAUCCGCGCUAGGAAGAACUUCACUUCCCAGUACUUCAGGGGCGCUUCGAUUGAGUUGACCAACCUUGACACGUCAGACGAAACCAUCGACGAAAUUAGAAGGAUGCCCAACUUGAGGGUGUAUCCCGUUACUCUGAUUCCUCCUCCCGAUGAUAAAAUCAUCUGGACUGGCACCCCCAACCCACAGACUCCUGCUCUCCAGAAACGCCAGCGUAAAGGUGGGAAGGAUGCAGACGCUCCGGAAAAGGACGUCUUCUCGACACAUAUUCAAACUCAAGUCGACCAGCUAAGAGCCAAGGGACUGACCGGAAAGGGCCUCCGAAUCGCUGUCAUUGAUACUGGUAUUGAUUACAAUCAUCCAUCUCUUGGUGGCUGCUUCGGCCCGGGCUGUCUAGUAAGCUAUGGGUGGGACUUUGCUGGAGACGACUACACCGGCGGCACGUCCACCCCUGUUAAGGACUGGGACCCGAUCGAUUGCAAUGGACAUGGUACCCAUGUUGCCGGCACUAUUGCCGCCCAAACGAACAAUGAGUUCGGCGUCGAGGGUGCGGCUCCUGGCGUGACACUUGGCGCGUACAAGGUCUUCGGUUGCAAUGGUGGUGUCGAAAACGAUGUCCUUAUUGAGGCCUUUAUCCGCGCCGCUGACGAUGGCUCUAACAUCAUUACCGCUUCCAUUGGUGGUCCCGCUGGAUGGUCGGAGGAUCCUUGGUGUGUCGCGGUUCAACGCAUCGUCGAGCGAGGUAUCCCUUGUACCCUCGCGGCUGGAAACGCUGGUGACCAGGGCUUAUUCUACGCGAGUUCCGCUGCCAGUGGAAAGGGUGUUAUCUCUGUUGCGUCGGUUGACAAUAUCGAGACUCCGGAGUUGGCGAGCGAGUCCAACUUUACGGUCGAGGGCGGUGAGAGUGGAACCUUUUUGUGGACUGCUGGUGCCCCCAAUAACUGGACCGGCGCCGUCGACCUCCCACUCCAUGCGUACAACUUUAAUAUCACGGACCCCGCCAAUGCCUGUGAAGAAUGGCCCGAAGACACCGAUCUCAGUGGACAAAUUGCCUUUAUUCGCCGUGGUAACUGCACUUUUGUGAAGAAGGCCCAGCUGGCCCAAGCUAAAGGAGCCGAAUACAUCUUGCUUUACAACAAUGUCCCUGGAAUUAUCACUGUCGAUGUCAGCGAGGUCCCUGGAAUCAAGGGAAUCGGCAUGGUAUCUCCUGAACAGGGAGAACAAUGGAUCGAAGACCUGAAGGGAGGCUCCGAGGUUCGAAUCACAGUUGAACCAGAAGACCUGUCCCAGAAGACCUUAAUUCUAAACCCUAACAAUGCCACCGGAAAUUUCGCCAGCCUGUUUACUUCGUGGGGUCCAUCAUGGGAACUUGAUGCUAAACCCAUUAUUGCCGCCCCUGGUGGAAGCAUCCUUUCUACCUAUCCUCUUCGCUUGGGUGGGUUUGGUGUCUUGUCUGGCACGUCGAUGGCUACCCCUCUCGUCGCCGGUGCCUUGGCCCUCCUCAUGGAGGCCCGUGGGAAGAUCACUCCAUCCGAGUUCGAGCGGUUGCUAUCCAACACGGCGCAGCCUGUCUUGUACAAUGAUGGCAAUGUCACCUAUGAUUAUUAUGCUCCGGUUGCUCAGCAGGGCAACGGGGUCAUUCAUGCCUACGAUGCGGCUUUUGCGACUACGAUUCUGGACAAGAGCAACCUGGCGUUCAACGACUCCGACAACCGAAUUGCUUCCCAGGAGUUUACCAUUGUUAAUCUGAGUGAUGAGGAGCUCACCUAUCACAUUGGAAACCUGCCUGCCGCCACCGCCUACUUGAAGAACAGCUCUGAUUCCAUCGCCACUUCGCUAUUCCCGAAUGAGCUCACCAAAGAGUACACCUUUCUCUCGUUUGACCCAGAGAGCCUCACUAUCCCUCCUGGUCAAGCCGCUGCGGUUAAAGUGACACCGACACCGGCUGGUUCUCUGGACGCUGGCAAGGUUGCCGUCUGGUCUGGAUGGGUAACGGUUAACGCUUCCGAUGGAUCUCUCUACCACCUCGCCUACCAGGGCGCUACGGGCAGCUUGCACAGUCAGACGGUGAUUCAAGACAUUGGCCUUCUGUCCAUCCCGCUUCCAGGAGGUCUAAACGAGACGAUUGAGCCCGUUCAAUCGAGUAACUAUACUUUCCGACUGCCGUUGCCCGGAACCGCCAAUCUCACGACCGCGAUUAAUCUCACCAGCACCAGGUUCCCCGGUGUCCUGAUCAAUCUGGCAGUGGGUAGCAUCUACGUUGACGUUGAAAUCGUCCGAAUUCUGCCAGACGGCUCUGAGUGGCAAUACACCGGGCUGCUCCGUGAUGGCCCCUUCCUGUUCAAUCCUCGGGGAGAAGGAGCGCCUCUGUACUGGGAUGGCGAGUUCCGUGAGGGCACAUUCGCUCCUUAUGGCACUUACAAGUUCAGGGUCAGGGCCCUCAAGAUCUACGGAGACCCGGAGAAUGAGGAUGACUGGGAGUCUGUGGAGACGCCGACGUUCAAGAUCUUGUAUGAGGAUAAGCUUCCAGUCGAGAGGCGGCCGGCUGGGGAGCCCAACCUCGAUAAUGUCUGGGGUUUGGGUCUGGGAUCCGAGUCUCGCUCCAAGGCUCCGACUAGCUGGACCGAUAGGAUCAAGGGGUGGCUUGGGCUAUAA